AUGGCAAAUCAGGAAUUGGCAUGCGUUUAUGCGGCACUUAUUUUGCAAGAUGAUGAAGUUGCAAUCACUGGGGAUAAGAUUUCAACCAUCUUGAAGGCUGCACAUGUUGAUGUGGAACCAUUCUGGCCAGGAUUAUUUGCUAAGGCCUUGGAAGGAGUUGAUGUAAAGUCAUUGAUAACUAACAUCUGUUCAAAUGUUGGUGGUAUUGGUGGUGCACCAUCAGGGGCAGCAGCACCUUCAGCAGCGGCAACAGCAGCACCUGCUGCAGCAGCAGCUGUAGAGCAAAAGGAGGAUAAGAAGAAAGAAGAACCAAAAGAGGAAUCAGAUGAUGAUAUGGGUUUUGGUCUUUUUGAUUAA